AAUAUGCGAGUACGAGAGUGGGCACCUGUCGAUUUCCCGAGUAGGAAGGAGGAGGAGGAAGGCAAGAGAAUAGAAUCGGUUGAUCCAUUUGACCGCAGAGACCUUGAAUACUCCGAAACAGCCUCGUCCUCCUUCGAGAUUUUGUCAAUUCAUCGGAACCCGCAAUCGGCCCGAAUUCCAGCUUCGAUUUCGGCGUCGGAUUAAAGGAAAAAGCUCCGAUUGACUGGAUUGAAGUUGAAGGCAGCUGGCAUCAAUCCCAGAUCAGCUCGACAAGCCCAACAAAGACUAUUAUUGUUGGAUUGAAACCCGGAAAGUAAGGAACUCGGGGGCAUUUGGAUGCAUUAAUAUGGCUUCUGCUGCUGUUCAGGACCAACUUGAAAUCAAGUUUCGGUUAACUGAUGGCUCCGAUAUCGGUCCCAGAAGCUUCCCAGUGGCGACUAGCGUUGCCACCUUAAAGGAGAGCAUCCUUGCCCAAUGGCCCAAAGAUAAGGAGAAUGGGCCGAAGACUGUGAAAGAUGUGAAGUUAAUUAGUGCCGGAAGGAUAUUAGAAAACCACCGAACAGUGGCAGACUGUCGAAGCCCAUUAUAUGAUGUCCCUGGUGGAGUUACAACCAUGCAUGUAAUUGUUCAACCACCUUCUGAAAAAGAGAAGAAAGCGGCAAACCAAUCAAAGCAGAAUAAAUGCGGAUGCGUCAUAAUGUGAAUUCCAGUUUUCUGACAGCCGAGGCAGUGACGCUGAGGCAAAGAUAACUGUUGUUUGAGGGAAGCCAUUGGUCUGAAACUGAAUUUAGUGAGCUCGACAGUUUUUGCUUGGACGAGUCCACCUCGUGGGGCUCGUGCUCUAGCUUAUGGGUUAAUGUCGAGUUCGAGCUCGUCUCCUGCUUUCCCAUCCUUUUCUGCAAGAUUCUUUUUUUUUUUUUUUUCCCUUUUUCUUUUCUUGUUUGAUAUGUUGUAAGCUCACAAUUAUGCAAUGUACUGGUGUCAUCUGCGCUAUUAUUCUUACUAUAAAUGCCAUGUAUAAAAAUUGCUAUUGUAUAAUCGGAUAAUUCAAUUUUACACUGGGAGCGGUUUCGGUUUGUGAGACAAA